UUGAGCAAUAAGUCAUCAUUCUUGCGUCAACUACUCGCGGCAGCUCUAUGAAGAAUUGAAGGCCUUCUGCCACGUGCGGUCGGCAAGAGUCUUCACAGAGCAAAACAAGAGCAUCAUCGAAAACCAUUCUGUACCAUCGGAAGAGUUAGGCAAAGACAGGUCACCAUCAUCGGCGAUGGAAACCCCGAAUGAAUUGGUCGCGCACCAGCGCCGACGCCUUCGAUUUUCUCGUUCGCGUAACACCUGGCAACAGGACUAGGGAGCUGCAGCCCAACUUCAAGGAGGUAGCAAUACAAGCUGAAGAUUGGAAGCUUUUACACAGAAAAUGUCGAUAUCGAAAGUGGUUUGCAGUUGCUCCACCGGGAAAGUCUGUCUGGACGCACACGCCAUUCUUGUUCACAAUGACCAUCACUGUCGCAGCCACCAUACAAAGAUACUCUCUUUAUUGUAUCUCUGAGCCAAAUUUUGCAAAGUCAACCUUGUUUAUGGGACCAUGGAUACAAUGUAUUACUGUAAAUGCCACCAGCGAGGGCGAGCGAUCACGACGACACCAUGUCCGUAAGUUCGAGCGGCCGUCCGUUGUUGAGAAAAAAAGUUACAGAUGUGUCAACAAAUGCAUUGUUGCGCUGCGUGCCAAAUAGAGAUGUGACCAAACUUCCUUCCACGGUAUCCUCGAUCCACUGUCAGAAGUGUGGCAGAAAGGACUUCAGCGUUCGUUACCGUCCGUCCAGUGAGCGUGUCAUGGCGAAAACGAUGGACGAGGGGCCUAAAGAGCCGUCAUACUGUCCCAAUCCGCGAGAAAUUGGGUUUCGUAUAGCGUGCCGAUUAUAGAGGACCG